CUUUUGUGAACUAAGCUUUAACAACUUUGCAAGAAUUAUUCCGCAUCAGUAAAACUACAGCCGCCACAAUGAAAGCAUGAUCAGUUGGUUUUGAAAUUAAUCGACUUUGCGACGUCAUGCGAAGUACCUGGGAAACCCCCAAGAACUUUUUGUAAGUUCCGCAAAUUAUAAUAAUGUAGAGCCUACAUACUUACAUGGUAGACGUUGACAAGGAAAACCAGGAAGAGGAACUAUCCUUACUUAAAAGUGCUUGGGCGUGAGUAAACGAACUUUUUAAAUAUACCAAUUUAUAAAUAUUGAAAAUAUGAGUUAUUUAAGUGACAGUGCUGUUACGAAAAUGGUGAGGUUAGAGCUUAGAAAAGAGGAUAUAAAACUAUGGAAACCUCCAUUUACUGUGGGAGAUACGAGAAUGGAUGAAGAAAUAUCAGCCUUGGCUUUGAGGUUUUCUGCUAAGCUAAAGUUUUCCAAAGCCGAUGUUGAAAAUGCAUUGGAAUAUUUGAGGACGUUUGCUAUUGAAAAAUUGGGUCAAAAUAAGAAGUUCAAAGAACAAAAAAUUGCAGCCAUGCGAAUGAAAUUUUCACCCAGAUCUGCUAUUACCGAUACCGUUGUAUUUAUGGAGUCAAAAUUGGACAAUACGGUUGGAUCAUUCAUGGAUGCAAUAGGAAGCAAGAUAAACGCCACAAGGGAAGAAAUAAAGCUUAUCGUUGCAGGGAAAAUUCUUAAACCUGAUGAAACUUUAGAAUCCCAAGGUCUCAAGCAUAAUGCAAUGGUUUUGUGCAUGGUGUUUUCAUCUUUAAGUAAAAGUAAAACGGUGGAAAUUGAGGAGCAAAUGCAGGAGGUGAAGAGAGCAAGAAGAGGAGCGGAGCUUCUUUCAUCUUCCAGCAGUUCAGCGCAAGCAUAUGAUGCUCAAAUUGCGGAUCAGAAUGGAAGAACAAUUGAUAUUCCUCCAGAUGAAAAAGCCGCCAUCACUGUUGCACUAAGUCUUCAUGAAAAAGGUCGAAAUAAACUGAAAGAGAAGCAGUACAGCUUCGCACUUCUGUUUCUUCUUGAAGCAGAUACAGAAUUUCGCCAAUGCAGAGCAGAGAUACUAAAUCUAGUUGACAACUUUGCAGUUUUAUGUCUCGACAUAGCUUGGUGCUACCUGUGCCUAAAAAACCUGGAUUCGUUAACAGAUGCUAAAGAGAGACUCAAAACUGCAGAGCAGUUUUUUGAAAAAAGUUAUGGAGCCUCACUACAGCGACUCAUGGCUAUUAAAGGCAGCUCUGGGCACGAAAUUGCUUUGUUUGUGCGACUGUAUACUUUACAAGGUAUUGUGGAAUACUAUGGUGACAAUUAUAAUCAAUCAAAGGAACUGUUGACUAAGGCACGUGGGUAUGCCAGUAUGAUAAUGGUGGAUGAUACCAAGGUAUCUGAGAUGAUGGUUUUGGGAUUCACAGCAAAAGAAGCACGACUUGCAUUGAGAGCGUGCAAUGGAGACCUGGAUGCUGCAACCAGACAUGCAUUCCAGAAGAAAGAAGAGAAAGAACAGAUUAAGAAAGAAGAAAAAGAGAAAUCAAGGGCAAGAAGAAAAGAAAGAUCUCUCGGAAUUUGCUUGAACGGAGAUAAAGUUAAUGUUGAAACUCAUGACAAAAUGGUUAAAGAUUUGGGAUUCGAUAAAUUUGUUGCUGCAGCAGCUCUGCGUCAGAGCGAUAAUGAUAUAAACCAAGCAAUACAAAUUAUUCAUGACGACAUUGAAAAGCUUGAUGUAAGCAAAGUUAAAAGGAUGACUACAUCUUUACUGCUACAGAUGGCCGGUGCUGGUUUGGACCCACAAACAGCAGAAGCAGCUGUUAAUCAUUAUGGCAACGUAGAAGAAGCUAUUCAGUAUUUACUUGACAACCAAUCUACUGUUCCCGAAAACUGGGUUGAAAAAUUAAAAUCUAAAAACGAAGAUUUAAACUCAGAAGACAAAGAUGCAUUGGAUGACUUGGCAAAAGAUGUCCGGAAGAGUGAGGAUGAUUAUUUGGACACAACUCUUAAUGAGGAGAUGGAUUUUAUCGAACAAUACCUUGGAAUGGUCAACUCUGUACUUCUCAAAUAAACUGAAAGACUUAUUUUAUCAACUGGUAUUCUUAUCUCAGAGACCUACCAAUUACAUUUGUUGUGGCUUACCCAAGUUUAUAAUUGCUUUUAAUUAUUUUAUUGGUGCCAGAGGUAGUCUACCAUGGGUUUGUGUUGUCUACAAUCAUACUUUGCAUACAAAACCAAAAAAAGCUCGUUAAAAACUGUUAUUCACACUACUGGACCCCCAAUAAUUGUAUCACACACUGUACAUAAUAUAUAAGUUCCACUUUUA